AUGCCUCUUGCUUUAUUUAUUAAAGACUCUAUCAAGACUCAAAUCGUUCCUUUGGCUGUAGUUCUUGGAAGCACUCUAUCUGGCGUGCUUUAUAUGGGGAUUAAUGCAGGAUCUGAGACUUGGGACCAAAAGACUAGCUCAUUAUUAAAAGACUUCAAGGACAUUGACCCAUCAAGAACAAUCACGCUAAACCAAAAGUACCUUGAUCGAUGGGACAGGGAAAGAUGGUAG